GGCACCAGCGCCUGCGCCCAGGCCAGCGCCGUUGCCAGCGCCGACGCCAGCACCAACGCAUGCGCCUACCCCUUUGCCAGCACCGACGCCAGGACCGGCAGCUUCCCCGAUGGCCUCUCCCGCAUGGGCCUUGACGGCUGCACGGACGGCAGCGGCGCGGCGGCGCCGACAGAAGCACGUAGCUUCCACGGCAGCACUGGCCACGGCACUGACAGCGUCCCUGGCGGCCUCGCCCAUGCGAACGUCGACGGCAGCACCUUCGGCAGUGCCCAAUGCAUCUGACAGAAGUGUCGAAUGCAGCUCCCGCGACUCCGGUGCGCAGCAUGACGGGCUCCAGCAAUGCGACUCUGUGCUGCGCGACGGAUUUCUGCAGUACCACUUUGCGCAGCGUGCGACGCUGUGAUACGACGGAGCGCCGCGCCCUCGGCUCCGAUAUCCGAGUUUUCGCCGUGCGACAGAUGCCGGCACCACGACUUCGAGAGCACGGCGGUGCUGGGCAUGGCGGACCAGCACUGCUAGGUGCAGCGCGGCGGCUUGCAUCGGCAUGGCGCUGAACAGCAGGACAGCUCGCCAGCAGCACCGCGCCCGUGCAGCCCCAGCACCCGCAGACGCAACCGCAGCCGCCUCGACAGCCCGAGGACGAAUGGGACUCAAUGUAGCCCUCUUGGGCUUUGCGUUGAUCUCUGGACGGUCUGGGGUUCUUCUGUGGGGCCUCAGGUUCUUCCGUCUCUUGGGUCCGUUUCUGGUCGCCGUCAGGUUCUGCCCUCAGGACUUGCGUUCGAAUCGCGCCUGGUGCACGGAGGGAGCAACGAGGGGCAUCGACAUCGCUGGGCACCACGUCGUGGGGCUGCAGCACGGCGCGGAGCAGCGCGACCGGGUGCGGAAGGACAAGACGGACCUCUCCUGGCGCGACCGGUCGAUGUGAGUUGUGUCGGCGGCCCUCCUGGCUUGGGACGCCCGGCGAAAGCACGCUUGCGCCGCCUCCUCUACUCCUGCCCCCCUCUCGUCCCCUCCGCCUCCCUCUUCUUCUAAUGCUGUGCACGGGCAGCGCGUGUGGGUUUUAGCUCGCGGCCGCGGUCGGCCGACUUCACGGGCCGCUCUUGCCGCCCGGUUCUCGCCCUUUCGCCGCAUGGGCUCGGCCCCCCGGUGCUGCGGGGCACGUCCGUGCCUCAUUUCUUGAAUUUGGUAGUCUACAGAUAUCGGCGAGUGCUUGCACCCAUUCAGCUUAUUGUUGUUUGAAUCCUAUACACCCAGCCUACCUGCUGGAUUGCUCUCUCCUGCUGUCGUCUCCCCCAUCCUUCGCUCCUCCUUGUCCUCCUCGCUGUGUCCUCCUCAGGUUUCACGUAGUGCUGGAGGUUUGAAUCAGCCGCUCAGGCCAUGCGCUGAUCAGGCUGGUGCGCUUUACACGGGAUUCGUUUCACUUAAUUAGGGUCUCGAGGUGGUUCCACGGACGCGGUGGUUGCCUGGCGACCAUCUCUGGAGUUACUUGUUCGUGCACUGUCCGGGUCGCCCCAGGCGCUUUGUCACGUGAGCUACUGCGGCAUGGGGUUUGAGGGAA